UAGCCAUUGAGAUUUACAAACAAUAGUUCAAGGUCAAUGGAUUUCUUCUAAGCCUUGAGUGAAUUGUAUCAGUACUGUCAAAUAAAGGAGCCUUUCCAGGUACUGUCCAUGUAUCCUCUCCUGAACUGUCAUGAAUCCUCUAUGAAUCACAAAGAGCAGAAGAUAACUGAGCGAAUGAAGCAAACACGCGCUUUCUUUCUUCAGUGAUGAAUUACAGCCCUCCAACAUCUGAGAACAUCAUGUUUCAUCAAUUGGCUACAGAUGCUCUUAAUGGUAGUUGCGACUAUACCUUGCCCACAUAUAACAAUAGCACAGGUGAAGCAGCAUUGCAGCUGCCUACCUUCUCCAUGGCAGCAAAAGUGAGGGUGAUAAUUACCUUCAAUCUUUGCGCAGUGUCGGCCGUGUGCAACCUUGCUGUGUUGUGGUCUGCCAGCACUAACAACAAGCGCAAAUCCCAUGUAAGAAUUUUAAUCAUAAACCUAACUGUGGCUGACCUGCUGGUAACUUUCAUUGUGAUGCCUGUUGAUGCAGCUUGGAACAUCACAGUUCAGUGGCUAGCAGGAGACCUGGCUUGCAGGUUGUUAAUGUUUCUAAAGCUUGUGGCCAUGUACUCCUGUGCCUUUGUGACUGUGGUCAUAAGCCUGGACCGACAAUCGGCCAUUCUCAACCCUCUGGCCAUCAAUAAGGCUAAGAAGAAGAACCAAAUAAUGCUGAGUGUGGCCUGGGGGAUGAGUGUUGUUCUCUCUAUACCCCAGAUGUUCCUGUUUCAUAAUGUGACCAUCACAGUGCCUGCCAACUUCACUCAAUGCACCACCCGAGGGAGCUUUGUUAAGCACUGGCAGGAGACGCUCUACAAUAUGUUCACCUUCAUUUGCUUGUUCCUCAUACCUCUGGCCAUCAUGAUCUUCUGCUACACAAGGAUAUUGGUGGAGAUCUCUCGAAGAAUGACCAUAGGAAAUAUAUCUUCGAAGGAAGUCCACUUGCGGCGUUCCAACAGCAACAUCCCAAAGGCACGUAUGAGGACAUUGAAAAUGAGCAUAGUCAUUGUGACUUCUUUCAUCGUAUGUUGGACCCCUUACUACUUGCUGGGUUUGUGGUACUGGUUCCUUCCUGAUGAUUUAGAGGAGACCGUUUCUCACUCAUUGACUCAUUUGCUUUUUAUUUUUGGGCUCUUUAACGCCAUUCUGGAUCCUAUCACUUAUGGCCUGUUCACCAUCCAUUUCCGCAAAGGACUGAAGCGCUACUGUCGGAACGCAGUCGUACUUACCGAGUCGGAGAACAACACCAUAAUGACUGGCUCGUUAAAAUGCUCACCAUCCCCCUUUCGCCUAAAAAGACUGAACAAGUGUUGUUCGGGAGCUGACCGAAUGCAGAAUUUUGUUAGUGGGGAGAACAAGAUGCCAUCUGACAGUAAAUACAAGGAGUAGUGGCAACCCUACCAGUCCAGCCCUAAAAGUGUCAUUUGAAUACAGAGAUAUGGAUGUGACAAGGCAGGCCUUGUACUGGAUGUCUAGCUACUCACAAAACAUCAGCAUACCUGCCUGUUUUGCUCAACAGCAUGAGACAAAUUUGAAUUUAGCCCAACCAAGUGCACCAAAAAUCUUUAUUCUUUAACUAAUGAGCUGCCUAAAUUACUCUAUAAAUUACUCUAGCUAUGUUUAAUAACCAUCUAUUCUAAUGAUACAGGUGAUUAAUUUUUGUAAUCAUUUGCUGUUUAUUAAAUAUUCCAAUCAGAUGUUUUUCUCUGCAGAUUAAUUAGACCAUCACCAUUUCUACUUGUUGAAAACGUAAUUUACAUCAAAGUU